UGGCAGGGAGACGCGCACCUCCAGCCCACAGUGAGAGAGAGAGCUCGUCGCUGGCUUGUCGUCCGCCCUGUUAGUCUAGUUUAGAGACCUCAACCCGCCGCCGCCGGACAUGGCUGACCAACUAACAGAGGAGCAGAUUGCUGAGUUCAAGGAGGCCUUUUCCUUGUUCGACAAGGACGGCGAUGGCACGAUCACAACGAAAGAGCUGGGCACAGUAAUGAGGUCACUGGGGCAGAACCCAACAGAGGCAGAACUGCAGGACAUGAUCAACGAAGUGGAUGCAGAUGGAAAUGGAACCAUCGACUUCCCAGAAUUUUUAACCAUGAUGGCCAGAAAAAUGAAAGACACUGACAGUGAGGAGGAGAUUCGCGAGGCUUUCCGGGUAUUCGAUAAGGAUGGGAACGGUUACAUCAGCGCGGCUGAGCUGCGUCACGUCAUGACAAACCUAGGGGAGAAAUUAACAGAUGAAGAAGUAGAUGAAAUGAUCAGAGAAGCAGAUAUCGAUGGAGACGGGCAGGUUAAUUAUGAAGAAUUUGUACAAAUGAUGACUGCGAAGUGAAGCUCUCCUGGCCUUUCCUUUUCCCUCUUAGAAGAAAAAAAAAUCAGUCAAAUGUUUUACUUACCUCUUGCAAAAAUGUUCAUUUAUUCAUACUUUCUGUAUAGAAAACAUAAUUGAAUGUUAAAAAUAUCCUUCUGUCCACUUAAAAAGCUAAUAAAAAUAUCUGCAUGUAAUGGUCGGUGGUCCUGUCCCCAAAGAUCAAGUACCAAUUUAAAAAAUACCUAUGCUACCUUAAAACAAAAAUAAGCACUUGGUGAACUCCUUAAAAGUUCCAGUUGCUAGUAAUACUGUUUGGGCUGGCCAUUUUCUUUAAUUCUUUUCAUGCAUGCAGCUUGAGAGUUGAGCACAGUCUGGUGUAUCAAAACGUGCUAAUUCCACAAAAAAUGUUGUAUUGUUGGUAUAGUACAGUUUGUAAACGGAAGAAAGUGCAGAGAAAAUGAGGCUGUAAUUUUAACUUCAGAUGCUGGAAUGGGAAUUUGCAUUGUGCUCAGAAAAAAAUAUUAAAAUGAUCUUAAAUAAAACAUGGCUGGCAUGUUGGUAUUUUGGAAAAUUGUUACCUUGUUGUGCAUCGCACUACAGUGAGAGAGCUGACCAGCUGUGACUUUCACUAAAGUCAUUCUUAGCAAGGGAACAUUGUCGAACACAUUUAUAUCUUACGUUUUCAAGACAUGGACGUGUCAGGUGAUCUUGUAUAUCUGCAGUACAUAGGAUUUCAGCACAAGGUGUUCUAGGCUGUUCAUCUGAUUUACAGUUUACAUUCAUUCCAAGUUGUACAUGCUAGUCUUUUUUUUCCAAUAAAAGACCAUGAACUUUAA